AUAAUUUUAUAGGAAUUAUUGCUCUAAAUAUUUAGUAUUAUAUAAAAUGCAUUGGUAUACCUUUUUUCCGCGUUCUUCUAGGUGUAUUUUAAGGCAGAAAUCAUGGAAUAAGUUGAUACGGAGAUUAAGCGGAGAAUUGGCUAGAAAUAAGGAGAAAAUACAUAAUAACGGAGUAUCUACAGUUCAUAAAUCAUUAGGAGCUCGUCCUAUAUAUCUUGACGUUCAGGCAACAACACCAGUUGAUCCACGGGUGCUUGAUGCUAUGUUACCAUAUUUUACAUAUUUAUAUGGCAAUAGUCAUUCAAGAACACAUGCGUAUGGUUGGGAGACAGAUAAAGCGGUUCAGAAGGCACGUGAGCAUGUAGCAGAAUUAAUUGGAGCAGAUCCAAAGGAGAUAUUUUUUACAUCAGGAGCUACGGAAUCAAAUAAUAUGAUUAUUAAAGGAGUAGCACAUUUUUAUCGUAGUACAAAGCGACAUAUUAUUACGGCACAAACAGAACAUAAAUGUGUCUUAGAUUCAUGUCGAAUUUUACAAAAUGAAGGAUUUGAAGUGACAUAUUUGCCAGUGAAUAGGAAUGGUUUAAUAAGCUUAGAAGAUUUAGAGCGAGCAAUUCGCCCAGAUACGGUAUUAGUUAGUAUUAUGACGGUGAAUAACGAGAUUGGGGUUAUUCAGCCAAUUGAGGAGAUUGGACAGAUAUGUAGGGAUAGAAAGGUGUUUUUUCAUUCAGAUGCAUCACAAGCAGUGGGAAAAAUACCAGUAAAUGUAGAUAAAUGUAAAAUUGAUUUAAUGAGUAUUUCUGGACAUAAAAUCUAUGGACCAAAAGGAAUUGGAGCGUCAUAUGUUAGACGUCGACCACGUGUACGAAUAGAACCGUUAAUUAAUGGUGGAGGACAAGAACGAGGAUUGCGUAGUGGUACACUUGCAUCACCGUUAAUUAUUGGUAUGGGGGAAGCAUGUCGGGUUGCAAAAGAAGAAUUAGAGUAUGAUUAUGCACAUGUAAGUCGACUUUCAAAACGGUUAAUAAAUCAUCUUACACAACUUGAAUAUGUAUAUUUUAAUGGGGAUCCAUUACGUCGUUAUCCCGGAUGUAUUAAUGCAUCUUUUGCUUAUAUCGAAGGCGAGUCUUUAUUAAUGGCAUUAAAAGAUAUCGCAUUAAGUAGUGGAAGUGCUUGUACAUCAGCGUCUCUAGAACCAUCUUAUGUUAUUCGUAGUUUGGGAGUACCAGAUGAUAUAUCCCAUUCAUCAUUGCGUUUCGGAAUUGGAAGAUUUACAACUGACUUAGAAAUAGAUUAUAUUUGCAAUAUAAUAAGGGAUAAGGUUAAAUUUUUGAGAGAAUUAAGUCCUCUCUGGGAGAUGGUACAAGAAGGAGUUGAUCUUUCUGCAAUUAAAUGGUCAUACCAUUAAUAAUAUAUUGAAAAAAAUAAUGGCAUUAUUUUAACAAUAAAUAACA